AUGUCGGCAGAACUCAAGUACAUUGCGGGAAAUCUUCCGGGGUAUCUUCUUGGCGUGUUGCAGGCAGAAUGGCCACAAUAUAACAAGUCAGAACAAUGGGAUAGUUUCAUCAGAGAACAGGAAGUAGGCAUUCUUUCCUCGGCAAAUAUGAUGCAGCUAAAAGAUACAUAUCUACCAUUGCCAAAGCUUAAGGCUAUUGCUUCAAACCUGGGGCUAGCAGAGGGGUUUGGCUUUGUGCAAGAGUUGAAUGGUAUAACUGAUGCCGAGGCUAACAAAUGGGGGUUUCUAAAACGGUUUGGGGUUGGAGUAGAUGAAGAUGUUUCAUUCUGGCUGAGGCUGUUGAAGCAGGUCCGAGAGAAGAGUUCAACAACUAUUUCGAUCAUCAAGCGAUUUCGACUGAGAAAAAAGGUGUUGUCCGUCCCCAAUGUCGUCUUCGAGAUAUACCGACGUCUACAAAAGUACGAUGACGAGUCAGAGAUCAUAGAAAUUAGAAAAGCGUUCGAAUCUGGUCUGAUUUUUAUACCCUCCUACGAGGACGUUCAUGGCGGAAAGUGGAUAUCUAUCAGUUUGUGUGUAUGGAAUGCGCCAGAGUGGUUUGAUCAUCUACCUCGUCUUGAAUCUAUCAAAGAGUAUCAAAAACUACAACCAUUAUUUGUGAAUACACUAGAAGUCUCGAAUGCUAAAUUGAGCCAUUUUAUGGUAUACUUGAGCUGUAUCAAAAAACUCGAAAGUCACAACCCUCAAGAGGAGGCAAAGAUCCCAUUACUAUAUGAAAAGUUUAAAGAAUUGACUAAAGAGGGUGCAAGGCUCAUAGAAACAGAAAACAUAAGGUCGUGGAUCGAGAACAAUAAACUCCUUUACUACCGUCCAAAUAAAUCAUGGCAUGCCCCUUCAUCUUGCAUUUGGGCAACAGAUGAGAUUCAGCUUCCGGGGAAGAUAUCUAUUGCCGCCGAAUACAAGAAGCAAAGCGUCUUUGUCCGAAAAGUGUUAGGAAUCAAGGAACCAAGUCUGGAAAUGCAUAUUCUUGCACUCCAGAAACGCGCGCUCGAGAACCCUACCAAGGAGGGAAUUCUCAAUGAGCUGAAAAAUAUAUGUGCGCUCAACCCUGCAGAUGGUAUACUACGAGACAAGCUAUCCACUUGCAAGUUUCUUCCCGUAUGCGGAACAUCCCAGAUGACCGAAUGGAUGGAUGUCACAAGUAAUUUUGCAAUUAUCGAUCGAAAAGAGUACGGCGACAUCUUCAAGAAUAAGAUAAAUAUUCUUGACUUUUCGCUAGAGGAAGCUCAUUCUAUAAACCCAAUUCUGGUUUCCCUCGGACUUGAAGGGCGAUACAUGUCAAAAUCUGUGAAGGAAGAGACGAAGAUCGCGGAUGGACUGCUGAACGACGCGCUCACGAAAAAUUUGAGAAGAAAAGCUUAUGCUAUUUGUCGGUAUGCUGCCCAUUAUGGGACUAAAGAUGCUAUCUCUGCCUAUCGUUUGCUGCAGACCCUCGAGCUCUUCACUAGCGACAGCAUCACCAAGGAGGUUUCCAUCACACAGAAUAAGAACAUCACAUCGAUCAAAGUUGAUACAGCACUUUUACAUAUCGCGCAAGAUGACAGUAAACUUAAAAUUUACAUACCUAAAGAGCAACAGCAAAGAGAAGUCUGUCUUUCGCGACAGCUGCCUAUUGAAUUGCUCAAGCAUCUUGGCGUCUCCAACUUCCGCAAGGGGGCCGAGCUCGGCCCUAUCAUUACCGCAAAUAGUUUCUUUGCUAUAGAUGCGAUUCUUGACUCUGAUGGAAUUAUCGAUGUACCAGGGAUAUCCCCUCCAAAGGAUUAUAAUGAAAGCGAACCGUUGACACUUGACGUUUCUCAGGAUGUUGUUAGUCCAGCAAUCAACGCUGACAUGGGGAGGAGUGCAGAAUCGCGUGAGGACUCUAAGCACAGUGGCCAUGAUGGAUUCUUCGUCGACGAACAUUUCAAUCGAGUUGAAUCUAUGGAUAGUUCUCUUCCAUUUCGAGCUACAUCCGGCUCCCGCUUCCAUGAAAGUUCCCCUGAGCGACCCGAUCUCUAUAAAGAACUUUUAGAUGCGGUCGUUAAACAAGCUAGUAAAACGCGUGGUAUACCAGUUGCUGGUGAUGUCAUCAUAGCCCCUAUAUGUGCUGGUUUUUCCGUCAAUACAAGUUUAGCUAUUAAUUCAAGUGAGCCUGGAGAGGGUCUAUAUAAGAUAGGGGCAGCUGGAGAAUUGUUUAUGUUCGAAGUAUUGAAAAUUCUAAAUUUGCCUCUAUUUAAUCUUGAGAAUUGGAGGAGCAGUAUCCGACAUCGAGUUACCAUACACGACGACUAUAAAGAUAUGCCAUACUGGAGUGGUCUCGAAACAUUAGAUAUCGUAUAUGAAGACCAUGGUCGAAAGUUAACUGAACUCCUUGUCGCAAACAACUAUUUUGAUCAUGUCGAAAAAUCAGAUGAAAAGUCAGAAGUCAAGCAACUUACCACUUAUUAUAUCGAGGUCAAAACAACUCCUGGACCGCUCACUGCUCCAUUUUACUGCAGUCAAAACCAGUUCGAUAAAAUGGAAAGCAUGAGGCUUCAAGCUGAACAACCACUAAAAGAAGUUUACCUAAUUGCUAGGGUUUUUAAUCUUGGAGCUUCAGGUAUGGGAUACAAGUUGUACGUGGAUCCUGCUGGAUUGCGAAGGAAAGGGCAGCUUAGGUUCGCGGCGGAUAAGUAUGUUGUGACAUUGUAA